AUGGUCAAGUGGUUAGAUCGCGAAUUUACUGGCCACAAGGUCCGUGGUUCGAACCCGACCUCUGCCUUUCGACUUCCCCUGUCUAGGCUUGGGCAACCUUGCCGUAUCCCAGCCCUCGUGCAACCUUCAGGUGGCAUGGCAGUUAGGCGCCGAAAGGCAUUCACUCAGAUACCUACAUGCGACGUAACUUUUUGCCACAUGAGUUUCUGGCCCGGUGUGGCUCCUACCGGUGAUCUUGAUUCCAGUACUGCGUACUAUUUGGCUCAUGUACCCCGUGGAGGCGAAGAGGAGGAUAGCUCGACUCGAGAGAGUGGUUGCGCUGUUGAGGUUGUCGAACUUCCUAAGAAUGUUAUUGUUGUACACACUGAAGCCGGUGAUGUUGGAUCUGCCACCAUCGGAUCAUCCAAUUCGGGUAUGUGCAUGGCUUUGCAGGGAAUACCUAGGCAUCCGAAUGCAAAAUGGAAUCAGUCAUGCCUCGUCCUAGUUGCUAACGAAGCCGGACAACUCUUGUUGUUUGGGGAUGGUGUGGUGCUUGCUCGGCUGAAUGACUGUUUGGGUACAGGGAUACCAAUUAUGGCUAUGUCCUUACAACCCAUCCCAGCUAUACUACAGAAAGAAGAUAAACUUAAAUUGUUGGUGGCUCUAGGUGGACCAAGCGGAGGAAGUGCAGAUGAACCGUCUCAGAUGGAUUUACUUUUCGUUCAGCUCGUUUUCGACGAAACUGAUUGUGGUAAUCCUGUGCUCCGACCAAUUUCAAAUCAGAUCCCCUGUGCAAACGUGGGUGUUUCUAGUCUGUCAUGGCGUCAAGACGGUCGCCUUGUGGCUGUUGGUCAGUGGGAUGGCCAAAUUAGACUGGUGGAAUGCUGUGUCAAGCAGAAACCCACAGUACGUUGCUUGGGUUGGCUAACAAGUUUGGGUGGCCUGGACGAGGGUGAACUACUCGGCGAUUGGGCUGCGACAACAGUAACCAAACCACACGGUCCAAUGAUUGAUCAAAAGUCGACCACUAUUCGAAGUUGUUUCUUCACCCCGGGAUCGGACUGGUUGGUUAGUGCAGCUCCGGCAAAUGCGGGAGCUGCAGGUAGCAUACUAGUCUGGGACGUCUAUCGAACA